AUGCAUCCCUUCUGUUGCGUCUCUACUGUCUCUGAUCACUCUUCUUCGAUGCCUCCGUUACCGGACCAACCUCCUCUUCUGAUGAACACCGACUCAUCAGACAAUCCUUUCGGUUCCGCAAGAUCCGAACCGAUUAUGACCCGAUCUGCCUCCCAAAGCUAUAAUAAUAAUAAUCAUUCCGGUCAAUCCAAUCAACAUCUCAUACAUAGUCUCUCCUUCAACCACCAGAGUGACGUUGCCUCACGGUUAGGACAACGCGUUCUAGCGUUACCGGCGACGGCUGUGAGAGAACCGCCGGUUGAUGUGAAGAUUAACGAUAUCGUUGGAAAUGGAAUUGCCGGGAUAUUGCAUAAGUGGGUUAACUAUGGUAGAGGAUGGAGACCAAGGUGGUUCGUCUUGCAAGAUGGUGUGCUUUCUUACUAUAAAAUCCAUGGACCUGAUAAGAUCUUCGUUAGCCCUGAAACUGAAAAAGGUUCCAAGGUGAUCGGAGAAGAAUCUGUUCGUAUGAUCUCCAGACGCCACAAGCAUCCGGGAACCAGUAGCAGUUCCCAACUCCGCCGCAAGCCAUUCGGAGAAGUCCAUCUUAAGGUAUCUUCAGUUAGGGAGAGUAGAUCAGAUGAUAAGAGAUUUUCAAUCUUCACGGGAACAAAGAGGCUUCAUUUGCGUGCAGAGACGCGAGAGGACCGAACAACUUGGGUUGAGGCACUGCAAGCUGUCAAAGACAUGUUUCCAAGGAUGUCUAACUGUGAAUUGAUGGCUCCGACCAAUAAUUUGUCAAUGUCGACGGAGAAGCUUAGGCAAAGGUUGAUUGAGGAAGGAGUAUGUGAGUUAGCCAUUCAGGACUGUGAGCAAAUUAUGAGGUCCGAGUUCUCAGCACUUCAAAGCCAGUUGGUGCUUCUCAAGCAGAAGCAGUGGCUUCUCAUUGAUACCCUUAGGCAGUUGGAGACAGAAAAGGUAGAUUUGGAAAACACAGUUGUAGACGAGAGUCAAAGACAGGCUGAAAAUGGAUGUUCCAAUGAUUUUGGACAUGAGAAGUUCAGUGAAGGGACUAUCAGUGAAUCUGAUGAUGAUAAUGAACGAGGUGAUGCUGCCGAGGAGGAAGCUGAUGAGGAACAAAAUACCUUUUUUGAUACACGUGACUUUCUUUCUUCAAGUUCUUUUAAGAGUAGUGGUUCUGGCUUUCGUACAUCAUCAUUUUCUUCAGAUGAUGACGGACUGGAUGGCUUUGGGUCAGAUGAUGAUAUUGAUCCUUCCAUCAAGUCUAUUGGAUGCAACUAUCCUCACGUCAAAAGGAGGAAGAGUUUACCUGAUCCGGUUGAAAAAGAGAAAAGUGUUAGCCUUUGGUCAAUGAUCAAAGACAAUAUAGGCAAGGAUCUCACAAAAGUCUGUCUUCCUGUUUACUUCAACGAGCCACUAUCUUCUCUACAAAAGUGUUUUGAGGAUUUGGAAUAUUCAUACCUUCUUGACCGAGCAUCUGAAUGGGGCAAAAGGGGAAAUAGCCUCAUGAGGAUUCUUAAUGUGGCUGCUUUUGCUGUAUCUGGGUAUGCAUCAACUGAAGGAAGAAUCUGCAAACCAUUUAAUCCAUUGUUGGGUGAAACAUACGAAGCAGACUAUCCAGACAAAGGCCUUCGUUUUUUCUCGGAAAAGGUCAGCCAUCAUCCUAUGGUUGUGGCAUGCCAUUGUGAUGGCACGGGAUGGAAAUUCUGGGGAGACAGCAAUCUUAAGAGCAAAUUCUGGGGUCGAUCAAUUCAGCUUGAUCCUGUUGGUAUAUUGACUUUGCAAUUUGAUGAUGGGGAAAUCCUUCAGUGGAGUAAGGUGACUACAUCUAUAUACAAUCUCAUACUUGGAAAACUGUACUGCGAUCACUAUGGUACAAUGCGGAUUGAGGGCGGUGUUGAAUACUCAUGUAAACUUAAAUUCAAGGAGCAGUCCAUCAUAGACCGAAAUCCUCACCAGGUUCACGGUAUAGUGCAAGACAAGAAUGGGAAGACCGUGGCAACGAUGUUUGGGAAAUGGGAUGAAAGCAUGCACUAUGUGACAGGUGAUUGUUCUGGGAAAGGGAAAUUGAAUGAAGAUAUGUCAGGAGUUCAUCUUCUCUGGAAACGGAACAAACCUCCUGGAAACCCAACAAAGUAUAAUCUAACACGUUUCGCAAUCACACUGAACGAACUUACUUCCGGACUUAAGGAGAGGCUGCCACCAACGGAUUCUAGACUGAGACCGGACCAGAGGUAUUUGGAGAACGGAGAGUUUGAAAUGGCCAACACAGAGAAGUUGCGGUUGGAACAGCGACAACGUCAGGCGAGGAAGAUGCAGGAGAGAGGAUGGAAGCCGAGGUGGUUCACGAAGGAGAAAGGAAGCGAGUCAUACCAAUACAAAGGCGGAUACUGGGAAGCCCGCGAGAGAGGAGAAUGGGCAGACUGUCCAGAUAUCUUCGGUCACGUUGAUUCCGAAGACCAAAUGAUAGAGUAA